AUGCAUUUUCAAGAUACAGAUUGCAGAUGCCGCCUAUUGAGGCAUCAACAACAUCCACAUUUGAGUGAGUGUCCGGACCUCCAGGGGUGGGCGGAGGCGGGGCUCGGCGGGGUCAGCGCCGGCCCUUGGGGGCUCACCGCGUUCCCGGCGCGCGCUCUGUUCGCCCGCAGCCCCGAGGCCCGCCAGGGUGGCCGGCGCCUCCAGCGCAGCCCCGGAGAAGCCAUGGCGGCGACGUCCAGGGGCCGUCUGUACCUUUGGAUGUGCUUGGCUGCAGCGCUGGCCUCUUUUCUGGCGGGAUUUAUGAUGGGUUGGUUUAUUAAGCCUCUCGAAGAAACAGCAACUUCAGUGCGCUAUCAUCAAAGUAUACGGUGGAAACUGGUCUCAGAAAUGAAAGCUGAAAACAUUAAAUCAUUUCUUCGUUCUUUUACAAAGCUACCUCAUCUGGCAGGAACAGAACAAAAUUUACUACUUGCCAAGAAGAUCCAAACCCAGUGGAAGAAGUUUGGACUAGAUUCAGCCAAGUUGGUUCAUUAUGAUGUUCUCCUAUCUUAUCCUAAUGAGACAAAUGCCAACUAUAUAUCAAUUGUGGAUGAACAUGGAAUUGAGAUUUUCAAAACCUCAUACCUUGAACCACCACCAGAAGGAUAUGAGAAUGUUACCAAUAUUGUACCACCAUAUAAUGCUUUCUCAGCCCAGGGUAUGCCAGAGGGAGAUCUUGUAUAUGUGAACUAUGCCCGUACUGAAGACUUUUUUAAACUAGAAAGAGAGAUGAGCAUCAACUGCACUGGAAAGAUUGUUAUUGCAAGAUAUGGGAAAAUCUUCAGAGGAAAUAAAGUUAAAAAUGCCAUGUUAGCAGGAGCCAUAGGAAUCAUCUUGUACUCAGAUCCAGCUGACUACUUUGCCCCUGAGGUGCAGCCAUAUCCUAAAGGAUGGAACCUUCCUGGAACUGCAGCCCAGAGAGGAAAUGUGUUAAAUUUGAAUGGUGCUGGUGAUCCACUCACUCCAGGCUAUCCAGCUAAAGAGUACACCUUCAGACUUAACAUUGAAGAUGGAGUGGGAAUCCCCCAAAUACCUAUACAUCCCAUUGGAUAUAAUGAUGCAGAAAUAUUAUUACGCCAUAUGGGAGGAACUGCUCCACCAGAUGAGAGCUGGAAGGGAACACUCAAUGUAAGUUACAGUAUUGGACCUGGCUUUACAGGGAGUGAUUCUUUCAGGAAGGUUAGAAUGCAUGUUCAUAACACCAAUAAAAUUACAAGGAUUUACAAUGUAAUUGGAACUAUCAAAGGAUCCAUUGAACCUGACAGGUAUGUUAUUCUGGGAGGUCACCGGGACUCCUGGGUGUUUGGAGCUAUUGACCCAACCAGUGGGACUGCUGUUUUGCAAGAAAUUGCCCAGAGUUUUGGAAAACUGUUGAGUAGAGGCUGGAGACCUAGAAGAACUAUCAUUUUUGCCAGCUGGGAUGCAGAAGAAUUUGGACUUCUGGGUUCUACAGAAUGGGCUGAGGAGAAUGUAAAAAUACUACAGGAGAGAAGCAUUGCUUAUAUCAACUCAGACUCAUCUAUAGAAGGCAAUUAUACUCUCAGAGUUGACUGUACACCCCUUCUUUACCAAUUGGUAUAUAAACUGACAAAAGAGAUCUCUAGCCCUGAUGAUGGUUUUGAGAGUAGAUCACUUUAUGAAAGCUGGUUGGAAAAAGACCCUUCACCUGAAAAUAAAGAUUUUCCUAGAAUCAAUAAGCUGGGAUCUGGAAGUGAUUUUGAAGCUUAUUUUCAGAGACUUGGAAUUGCUUCAGGCAGAGCCCGUUAUACUAAGAAUAAGAAAACAGAUAAGUACAGCAGCUACCCAGUAUACCACACAAUUUACGAGACAUUUGAAUUGGUAGAGAAUUUUUAUGACCCCACAUUUAAAAAACAGCUUUCAGUGGCUCAAUUACGAGGAGCACUGGUAUAUGAGCUUGCAGACUCUAAAAUCAUUCCUUUCAAUAUUCAAGACUAUGCUAAAGCUUUGAAAAACUAUGCAACAAGUAUCUACAAUUUAUCCAAAAAACAUGAACAACAAUCGAGAGACCACGGAGUAUCAUUUGACUCCUUAUUUUCUGCUGUGAAAAACUUCUCAGAGGCUGCUACAGAUUUUCAUAGAAGGCUCACACAAGUUGAUCUUAAUAAUCCCAUUGCAGUGAGAAUCAUGAAUGACCAAUUGAUGCUCCUGGAAAGAGCAUUCAUCGAUCCCCUUGGUUUACCAGGAAGGCAGUUCUAUAGGCACAUCAUCUUUGCUCCAAGUAGCCACAACAAAUAUGCUGGAGAAUCAUUUCCUGGGAUCUAUGAUGCUAUGUUUGAUAUUGAAAAUAAAGCAGACCCUCAUUUGGCCUGGACAGAAGUAAAGAAACAUAUCUCUAUUGCAGCUUUUACAAUUCAAGCAGCAGCAGGGACUCUGAAAGAAGUGUUAUAG